UAUUAAAUAAUUUUGUUGUUACCUUUCAGCAAAUAUUAAACACUAUUAAGUUAAUUGAAUGUAUUUGAUGUGUAAAGAACAGUGGCGUUUGGCACGGUGCCGCGAUGAGUGAGUGAACGUGUGGAUAUUUGUGUGAAGCGAGAGAGGAGGAGACAUGUGAGUGUGGGCGUGUUGUUGCCGGCGUGUGACCCCAUGUCCGGCGGGCGCCACGCAGCACCCAUGACCCAGGAGGUGGGGCGGCGACCUCCUGGGGACCGCCAGGGGACCAAGAAACCCCCCGCCACCUCCGCCCCCUCUCGCACCAGCAUGAGCGGCCUCCUCCCCAGCCCUGUCGUCUGCGGCGACGAACCCAGCCUCGUCGCCCUCUUCCAGAACGGCACCUCCAAGCGCCUGGUGGACGGCUACGACAACAACAAUGUUAAAUACAACGGAGCGGUCAGGCAACAGGAGAACGGCGGCGGCCGCCUCGGCCUCGUGAACGGCGAACGGUCGUCGGAUUCCGAAGACUCUGGCGCCACCUCGGGUGCGACGAGCGGGAAGGAGGCCAGUCCCGGGUACGAGGAGAGUUCGGGCUCGGAGCAGAGCAGCAACCCGCCGCUCUCGGAGGAGAACAGAAUCGACGAAGAUAUCGAACCCGCUCCGAGGGUCAUCCGGACGUCGUUGCCCAGGUCGCAGACGACGCCGGUCCUCAACGGCGACCACACCCUCGACGACGCCCUCAGGCCGCUCACGCACUACGGGCAGGAGUCGCCCAACAGCGAGAGCGCCAGGUUCAACAAUGGCUUAAACCGCAUCCGCGCGGCGCACGAGAUCAACGUCAGCAAACUGGCCUACCUGGAGGCCUUGUUUCAGCGCGCCAAGCUGGAAGAAAUGCGCCUGAAAAGCUUGACAGCGAACACGUCUAGCGGUGAUAAACGGACGCACAAGUCGUUGAGCAAAAGCCUACAGAGCCCCGAGAGUGGCUACAAGUCUCUCCCUUCGUCAAUCUCGGACUACGGCCUCAGGAGCUACACUUCCGGGACUAUCUCGGCCGCGACCGGCAACAGCAGCUGCGGGUCGACGUUACCGGAUGGUCAGGCUCUGUUGCGGACGAUAGAGAGCCGGCUGCAGCUGGCCCGGCCGCAGGAGAAGAGCAGCGGACGGUCGUUGUACCAGUGUGGGGGCAGCAGCAGUGUGGGCAGCCUCAGCCGGCUCACAGGGCUCAGCCCCAGCACCAGCGGCACCUCCACACCAGCCAGGUUCGUCUCCCCUUCACGAACGGAUGUCCCCGGAGCCUCAAGAGGCUCCUCGGCCGCCACCCCCUGCAGCACGCCGGCCACCACCCCCGGCAGCACGCCCAAACGGCCUGAUGGCCUGGGCCGCCCUACUGGCCACGUGAGCCAAAGAUCGCUGCCACACAGCUACCGCAGCCGGUCGGCUUACAGCUCCCCGGCUGUGUCGCCACAGCGGGGCCCCGACCCCGCGGGGCUCCUGGUCUCUCCCUCAGGCAUCGGCUCCGCCACGCGGAGAUUCUCCAGCUUAGACUUGCGGAGUCGGGGACAGCUUCGUCAGCUGCCCCUGCGGCACACAGCCCACGGGUUCCCGACGUGCGUCCUGCCCAUCAGCCCGCCCUCGCCCGCCCAGGGCACUCAAGCCUUCCACCGCAAGAUGCAACUUUUCUUCGAGAUUAUGGACACGCAAUCUAGGUUCUCCCAGCUCGCUCAGUACUCACCCAUUGAGCAGUCCCAGCUAAAGGUAAACUUUGCCACACCUGUCAAUCACGUCCAGGUUUACCCGCCCGUGACGUCUGAUACCUUCUCUUUAACACACAAACAUGUAUAA